AGCAGCACAACUUAGAAAGGAGGAAAAAAGAAGAGACCUUACAUGGGCAGCACAAUGGUCUACGUGACUUGGCCAUAGCAUUUUCUAACUAGGUUCUAUGGUAAGAUUUACGAUGUGAACAUCCUUCCUUCCCGUCCCUGUGUAUAGGCAAAUAAUCGGAAGAAUGUAGCCAUUUUUGGUGAACCGAGUAAGUACAGGCACACACCACGCUUGUCUGAGAGUACUAUAAUAAUGCGUGUGCUGUCGGACGAAUGCCGUUCAUUACACUAUAUAGGUUAUGUUAAUUAGCCAAUAACAUUUGUGUGCAGGAUACAACUGGGCUUUAAGUGGUAUCAACCUUAAAUGGCUUCUGGUAAGUAAAUACAACAGUCUAAAACUAUCAAUUAUUAUUGUAUACUUGGUUAACAGAUAAAUCUACAAUGUUUUUGUUUCUGCUGGUGUCUCUUUCACUUGCCCAAGAAAUACUCCAGCAUCCAAGGAAUAUCACCGUCUUUGAAAAUAAAACAGCAAGUUUCAGUUGUGAAAUCAGUGGUGGUUUCCAUAGCUGGGCCAUGAAUAAUGUGCCUAUAGAUGAACUCUCAUUUCAGCUACGUAGAAAUGUGAAUAUUUCAUUCCUCGCUCUUGAAAAUGAGAACCCUCAAUACCGACUUACAAUAACUGCAAGGGCUGAGUUAAAUGGAACUGUAGUUGAGUGCUUGAUAAAUGGUGGUUUUUCCGACCGGAGUGGUUUGGUUUCAUUGACUAUUCAAGGUCCACUAUCAAAGGUUGUUGAUUUGAGAGUUAUGAGCAAUGCCAGCUCAGUUACUGUUUCCUGGACUGCUCCAUUCUCUCUGGAUGUGACUGAUGUUGAUCCUGAUAUCUGGUACUCUGUCCUGGUCUACAAUGUGACAGAUGAGAACAACACAGCAGCCAUCCUCUGUACUGACUGUAUCAAUAUCACUGAGACACACUACACCUUCACUCCUGACUAUCCCAGUCAUUUUCAUCUCUACAACAUCUCUGUUGUUCCAUUGAAUGGGGCUGGACAAGGACUAAGCAGCAGUAUUACUGUAGGAGGAAUAAAAUUUGCAAGAGAGAGCAUAACUGCUGCCAAUGAUAGCAAACGCAAUGUUGUAUAUAACAUCAUUGGAGAUUUUAACGCGGUGACGAGUAUUUAUUUUGACUAUGGGGUUGGAAGAGAAACAAGAUAUUUUUCCGGUGAUGAAGGAGGAAAAGUAUUAUUUACUCUACCUGCUAAACAAAAGUAUUCCGCAUCGUUCGAUGCUGAAUUAGAAUAUGGAAAGAUGGAGAAUGUGUCUUCAGAUUAUUUCACAACAUUUGACACUCAAAAUUUCAAUGCUGAGCCAGUUGAUGGUGGAAUCCAAGUUACAGGAAGAUAUAUAAAUGGGUCUCGAGCAAGAGGAAGUUUUCUGGUGAUUGAAUCAUUUCAUCAUAGUAAUUUUAUUGUGCUGAAGCGAAAUGGAACUGACCAAAGUUUCAUGAAGAAAAUUCCAAUGCCGCCUUCAAGGUACACAGUGCAUGCAUAUGAUUUGGAAGAAAAUGGACUCCCUAACCUUCAUCCUGCUAAUCUUGAUGAGCAGACCGUAAUACUAAAUGAAACAGAUAAUUCUACCCAGAGCCCUGAAAGCAUUCCAACAAUGAAAGCCAGCAUAAUUCAAAACGGCUAUGAUGUAACUAUUGAUUGUGUUCACGAUGAAGACAAUGCAUCAUUUGUUGUCAUCUACAAAGCUCAUGGCAACUCAACGCUGAAUUUGAUGCACAAAAAUAAUCUUCCCCUCAAGAUACAGCUUAACCGAGCUGAAACAAUGAACUAUACCUUUGCUGUGUUCCUGAUGAUCAAAACUGAUGAAGAAACUAAUGACAUUGAUGAAAGGGCAGUUAUAUCGAAGGUGAUAAAAGUGGUUGCUGAUAAUAUACCAAGCAGGACAGCCACAAAAUUGGCUACCAUCGAAUUGCCUUCCACUACGGCUGGGCCAACACCGAAGCCAUCAUUUCCACCAGAGAUUGACGGGGAGGAUGGCAGUGAAGUACAAUUUGUUAUCGGAGUUACAAUAGCACUCGUCAUUCUUAUUGGGAUCCUGACAAUUUUUAUAGUGUACAUUAUUGUGUUCCACCAUAGGAUGAAACUUUUAAAGUCUCAUGGACGCAAGCACAAAUCGCACUUUCAAGUUCUCCGUGAAUGCUGUGGUAGUAACUCCUGCAGUUGUCAGUCGUGUGCGUGCUGUUUCUCUGAUUGCUGCGGCGGUGACUAUCCCACAAAAGAGAUAGAGCAAUCUGUGGUCACUGAAAGGAGUACAUAUGCCACUGUGGUGCCGUUGUACUUAGGAGCGCGACCCCCUCUCCCUCUGGACUCCACAGUCCAGUAUUCUGAACUGAACAUCAGAGCUACUGAUAAAAUGGCUCAGUGUCCAUAUGCUGAGUUGGGACCUCCUCCGGCCAAUAGGCCAGAAAUCAAGAGGAUUGACGCCAAGACUGAAUCGCCGUAUGUUAGCAUUGUACCUCAGACCACUAAUCCUCUUACGGACUCCUCUGGCUGUGGGAUACAGAGUGCACACAAGACAACUCUUAUUAGAGCACUCCCUACAGUUGAAUCAGUGAUGUCGCUACUAAUGGGAGUGGCAGGUCGUUGGAAGACGAUAGCCGAGGGUCUGGGUUUUGAUGAGGAUCUGAUUGAUGAGAUAGACACCAACAACGAGAUGAACGAGGCCUGUCUGCAGGACUGUGUGGAGCAGUGGGUGGGAAGACUGGUGCCAUCGUGGGAAACACUAUCUGUUGUACUCUCUGAUAAUGGGGAAGAUGAGCUGGCACGCCUUGCUAUGAAAAAAGCCCCACCGCCUCAACCCAGUGAGAUGAGUGUUAGUAAGAUGGCCACCACAGCUCAGGAUUGUGUCUGCUGUGAUGCUGACGUGGUGGUGCCUGGAGUUCAGGAUGACACAUCCUCAACUGGUGACAAUGCAAAUAUUGCAAUGGUGAAAUGCAAUGUGACAAUGCAAAUAUUGAUAAUGCUGAACCUUGUUUUGGCCUUGAACAAGAUACACCAAGAAGUCUGAGCUGUUCCAUGCUUCAAGAGGAGAACCCUAUCAUUACUGGUGAGGAGCUGCAAGAGAUUGAGGCUGGAGAUAGUGGUUGCCCAGUGCAGCAAUACUCAGUGGAGGAUGAAGAUCAGGGCAGUGUGUCUAAGACCCCACAAGAAGUAUCUGCUGGUGCUAUUGCUGGAAAGUGAUGGGGGAGUGGCAGAUCAGGAGGAAGAAUGUAUCGUGACUCAAAGUCAGGAGGGAGGGGGUAGUGGAGGGGAAGAAAUGGUAACAGGAGUUCAUGAUAGAAAUGUACCUACCACAAACAUCAACACCAACAAUGAGACCCUUACAAACAGUGGUAAUAGUGAGGAUAGGGGAGGAAAGCAAAAUAUGUCCACCGAUGGUGAUUGUUCAGAAGAUGGUGUUAGACCAGCUGUUAUCAUGUGUCCAACUCUCCAAGAGGAAAUAACUAUUUGUCAUGAGGAAACUAGCUCAGAGAACUCAGUUGUAACACCUCCCAAUUGCGUCGAGGAGGAAGAUGAAGGAGAGUCCGAGAAGGUGUUUGUGACAAUGAAGUCUGAAAUUUUCCAUUUUCCAACGGCAUCUUACCCUUGUUUUUGCUUGAAUGAUCCAAGUAUACCGGGCAAAGAAGAUUCUCUUCCCAAAUUCAUCUGCCCUUUGAAUGUUGUUUUUGUUUCAGACCCCUAUUCUGAGGCUGACGAGAAAGGUGUUUUUACCAGUGAGUUUUGUUACCUACUGAAUGCAUGCCAUUACUCCCUGUCAUUGUCAUUAAUAACAAUGAGGUUUGUAUGCUCCCAAAGCUAUUGUUGGUAAAACAAACAAUAGCAGCAGAGAUAAGGAAAGUGGAGUAAGGAGUGGUGUUGUAAAAAUAAGCAAAAGUGAAACCACAGGUAUGUGUGCUCAUCUGGUGAAAACAUUCGCUGAUCCAACACUGAAGUUAUAUGACAUGUAUAAUAGUUAAAAUGAUGGCUGGAGGUGUGCGGAUGGAUGAGUUCAAAAGUUAUGAUGUCUUCAAAAACAUUUUUGACUCACUUUGUAGCUACUUAACGGAAGGUAGAGUUAAACUUGGGGUUUAUAAUAUGUUCCUUCAAAUUCUAAUGGUCUUCAGUUUUGGAGAGGAUACGAAGAGAGGUGGACAUUUUAAGAGCCAAACAUGAUUAUUUCUCUCAAUUCCUAAUUGCGGAGAGUAUAGAUGAACAGGCACUACUGGAAUCAAUUGGAAAAUUUUACAGCUUGUACAAUGGAGAUGGUUCAGUGGUUGCAUCUAUGCCCACAAGGAAUUAUCAGUGGCUGGGACGUCCAGAUAUAUUCCAUAAAAAGUUUGCGAAGUGGAUGUAUGCAGGAGUGGCUCUGGGAUUCCAUGGACUUGAUAAACUGAUAUAUCUGAAGGCUACCCCACCUUGGGCUGCGGCUCUAACUGGGUGUUUUGGUCUGACUCUAAUGUCAGGCGAAGGGUAUAUAGCUGAUCGUGACACACUUUAACAUUUUGCUGUUAGCUAUCAUGGAACAUCUCCUGAUUUUAGCAAAUGCACUGUCUUGUAUAUUAUUACAAUGUUUGUGUUGCAGUAAAACUAA